AUGAAUUCCCAAACCACUACCUUCAAUACAUCCUCUUUGACUUCCAAUCAAGUACCAAUUAGCCCCCCUCUUGCGAAAAAAUGCAAACCAAAUGACUCUGAGUUUGAAGCCACAUCCAUGAACUAUUCUUUGACAACACCCCCUCUAACUACUCUUACAACACAACGGCAACAAAGUGGCUUACUCCACACUAACAACAAACAACCCAAAUCUGGAGGACCCAACUCAACCACCAUGGGAAAAACUAUUGAGAUUUCUACACCAAUCAUCACAACAAAUAAUGUCAUUCAACACCUCAAUUUGGCCAAUAAUCUAGCUCAACUACCUAACUACACACCUAGCACUCAACAAGACCUACCCAUGGACACUUUGUCUAAUGCUAAAGUUGAAUCCCAACCUAAAAAGUCCUACGCCAUUGCUGUCAGAGGCCCACAACAAUCCAAACCACGAUGUAAAGUGUCAGGUCACCGGGACUUUCAAUAG